GGAGAGGGAGGCGGGAAUGAGGGGAGAAUGCGCAGCUCCGGCUCAUGAGAGGAGAUUUCCAUCUUCUCCGCUGACACGCUCGGGCCUGGUCCCCGCUCUUUGCACCUGGGCAGAGAAACGGGAGGGGGGGGCACACAUCCGGUUCUCUCCUAGCAAAGCCCCCAUCUCUCUCUCCUACGCCCUAGCGCACCUUUCUGUCCUCUGCGCGAUCUGACCACCCCAUUGAUAGGCUGCUGCUUCUCUCAUUUCCUUCCUCUGCAUCCCAAAUCUUUUGCCCAACAGGUUAGUGGGGAAGCUCAAGACAGGUCUAGAACAGCCAGCUGAUCUGUUUUUGUUCACCACCUUUUGAGUUGCUGAUCUGCUGGUGUGAAAUUUCUUUGCUUGCCAUGGAAGCACUUGAUGUUCAAAUAAGUUCUAUAACAAAGAAGGAAAUGAUUUUUUACUGAAUAUAUGUCUAAGGAACAACCACCAGAGCGGUAUGGAGAGCUUGGGACUACAGGCAAUGACCCUUUCUGAUGGGACAACAGCUUAUGUUCAGCAAGAUGCCCUUGCUGUUGCAGAAGAGAAGUUAAUUGAAGGGCAAGUGAUUGAAUUUGAGGAUGGAUCCACAGCUUUUAUCCAUAAUGUAACAUUGCAGAAAGAGUCGAUUGCAUUUGAAGAUGGUCAGCCAGUGGCGCUUGAAGAUGGCACCAUGGCUUUUAUACAUCAUGCUCCUAAAGAGGGUUAUGACCCCAACACCCUGGAAGCAAUCCAGCUGGAAGAUGGAUCCACAGCAUUCAUACACCGUCCUGUCUCCAUGCCAAUCGGCAGCACUAUCCUGGCAGUGCAAGCGGAUGUGGGGCUGGAGGAAUUGGCUGUAGAGCAGAAAGAUGAUGCCUUUGAUCUUGAUACCAUUACUGCUCUCAAGGAAUAUGCCAGCAAGGUCUGUGAGGAAGAAGAGGGAAUGGUGAGCACUUGCCAUUUUGAGACCGAUGAUUCCUGUGAUGUUCUUUCUCAGCAGGGCUUCCAGGAAGAGGAAGUUCAGAGCAAUGGGAAGGAACUACAGGUUGCUGAAAGAGCCUAUCGUUGUGGGUACAAAGGAUGCAGCCGCCUCUUUACUACAUCCCAUCAUUUGAAGGUUCAUGAACGGGUUCAUACAGGUGAUCGUCCAUACAGUUGUGACUUCUCAGGAUGUGGGAAAACCUUUGCUACAGGAUAUAGCCUGAAGAGCCAUGUGAGAACCCACACGGGUGAGAAGCCAUACAAAUGUCCAGAAGACUUAUGCACCAAAGCCUUCAAGACUUCUGGAGACCUGCAGAAGCACAUCCGGACACAUACUGGUGAGCGUCCCUUCAAAUGCCCUUUCGAAGGCUGUGGCCGCUCUUUCACCACCUCCAAUAUACGCAAGGUUCACAUCCGGACGCACACUGGUGAGCGACCAUAUAUGUGCCCUGAGCGCAACUGUGGAAGAGGGUUCACUAGUGCUACCAACUACAAGAACCAUAUGAGAAUCCAUACAGGGGAGAAGCCAUAUGCGUGCAUGGUACCAGGCUGUGGAAAACGCUUCACAGAAUAUUCUAGUCUCUACAAACAUCAUGUGGUUCACACACAUUGUAAGCCAUACACCUGCAGCACCUGUGGCAAAACCUACCGCCAAACCUCUACAUUGGCUAUGCACAAGCGCACCACACAUGGAGAGCUGGAGGCCACAGAGGAGAGUGAGCAGGCCCUUUAUGAGCAGCAAAUGGAAGCUGCCAUCUUUGAUAAGAAUAUGCCUCCACUGAAACACCAAUGCAUUGCUUCAGUGAAAAUGGAAGAGGAGGAGGAGAGCAUAACUACACCAGUGACUCUUAUAUCUCAGGAUGGAACAGAACAGGUCAGUCUGUCUGAUGAAGACCUACAGGCACAUGGUAGUGAUAUCACCAUGGUCACGCAGACUGGCACAGUAAUAUCUGUUCACCAGGAAGAGUUUUCAGCAACUGGCAGAAAUGCUGUGACUAUGGUUGGCACCAAUGGGACUGAAAUACAUCCGCUGAGAGAGCAGCAGAGCCCAGAAGAUGCCAUCGGUGUGGAAACUGCAGCAAUUCAACAGGAGUCUACAUCACUUAAGCUACAUCAAACAAUGGAUGCAGAAGCCUCAUCCUGAGCAGGUGAUGGGAGUUGGGAGCUCUGUGUAGGAGCAACAGCAGCCAGCUGGACUACUGGAACCUUCAGAACCUUAACUCAGAAGCCAGAUGAUGGGUAAUCACCCAUCUGGAGCUGGAAAGGAGGGCCCUUAAUAAUUGCUGCUGUCUAUUCAACAUAUUGGAUAGAAAAUAAGUAAGAACAGAUGAUGGAGCUACAUAGACUAUUGAGACCUUUUUUUCUUUUUUUAAUUAGCUCAACAAGUUUUAUGGCCAUUUCAAGAAAGCCAUCCCGUUACCUCUGGGGUACAAUACAUCCCAUCAUUCUGGACCUUUCACAAUUAUUCUGGAUGUUAACAGAGGAAGUGCUUCUAUUUCAUUGUUCAUUCCUUGGGAACAAAAAAACCUCCAAGAGAUAAUAUUUUGUCAUGCAUGAACUUAAAUAGAACUUACAUAGAAGCAGGACCUAUUUAUCAUUCUAAAAUUUUUAGCACUUAGGGCAAUUUAGCUGUAGAUGGUCUAGGCAGGGGCCACAGCUGGCUGAUUGCUAUCUGCUCUUCCUUCCCAGAAAACAUGGAGUAGGAAGUAUUGGCAUGGAAGCAGUAAAGUGUCCUCUGAUCAGGACUGAACUCUUAUUCCAUCAGCAGCAGUUCCAAGAUGCAUGCCACUAAGGAAAGAGCAACUAUUAGUGUGGUGACUCUUUUUCCCUCCUGCCUUCUCUCAAGGUUGCUUUGCAGCCUCACCAGCAGUGGAAUGGACUAAAGCACUCCUCACGGAAAGAUAGGCAAUGUAAAUAGAGUGCAUAAAGAAAAAGUAAAGCAUUUUUAUAACAUUUUAUUUUCCUCUUUCACUCUGAAAAAGAUGGCGGAAGGCUCCAAUGCGUAUUUAAUAAAACUUUCAACUUGG